AUGACGAAAAAAAGAAAGAACAAUGGUCUUGCCAAAAAGGGCCACGCUCAUGUGCAGCCUAUUUGCGGCACGAACUGCGCCUGGUGCGUACCCAAGGAUAAGACCAUUAAGAAGUUUGUCAUUCAGAACAUAGAGGAGGCCGCCGUCAGGGACAUUUCCAAAGCGAGUGUCUUGGACGGUUAUGUGCUUCUCAAGCUAUAUGUGAAGCUGCAUUACUGUGUGAGUUGUGCCAUUCACAGCAAAGUGGUCAGAAAUCGAUCUCAUGAAGCCAGCAAGCAUCGAACUCCUCCACCCCGAUUUAGACCUGCUGGUGCUGCCCCACGACUUCCACCAAAGCCCAUGUAA